GCACUGACUGGGAUUGGAAGCACCACCUGGUGGCCAAUUGGUGGUAUCGCCUUCUGGGGCUGUAGGAGUGGGAACAAUGGUGGUAGGAGGUUGGUUUUAGCAAAGUAAUGCACACUAUGUGCGGGUAGAUACCGAAUAAAAUCCAAGCCCAGCUAGUUCUACAGCCAGCUAAAAUGGUAAGACAGCCAGUAUGCUAAAGGUGGCACUAGCUAGCCGUUGCCUCUAGUUAUAUAUUUAUAAUGGCAUAAAUUUGCCUCAAACUUUGCAAGGCAUCACACUGAUUUCAGUAUGACAGACGACAAACGUUUGCCCAAAAAGCCAAACAGGGAACAAGCUGAUGGUAAAAUGCCACAUGCUGAUGCAGGAGGACCAGUAACUGGGGUGCCAGCUAUCACAGGGGCACAUCACCCUACUGGAGGCUGAACUGGUCCUGCAGAAGCAGUUUAGUCAUGUAGUGAACUCAAGAGCGGCCAGGAUGCUCCAGAUAAGUUUACUUUAAGUUUACUUGUUGUUUUUUGUGUGUGUCAGAUUUUCUUUUUCCUCCUAGUCUUACUACAUUACUUUUUGAAGCUCCUGCUUCUGGUUUAGGGCAUUUGCUUUCACAUGUUGACUUUGUCCCACCUUAUAUGUCUAAUGACCUUCUUGUGGUUUUUUGACUUUCUGCAGAGCUGAGUAAGGAGGUGAGGAGCCUGCAGAGCACCAUCCUGGUUCUCCAGCAGCAGCUUAGGGAGGCUCGUCGGCAGCUGGCACGUUGCUCUGAAGCCGUCUCUGCAACCCUGGGCCACACAGAACCUGCACACAACACAGGGUUUUAGGAAAAGGGGGGGUGACGAAUCGGCCAGGCAACACAAGAUCUAUUCAUAGGAAAGCAACAGGCCCCUCUGGGGAAGAUUGUAAGCUGCGACACAGACGAACAUUAUGUGCCGUCCUCUGUUGGCGCAGAAAGAAAACUCUCAAACUCUAAUCACUCUGAGGGUUUCAACCAGCUUAGUCAGGCCGUGAAGCAUAUGAGACGGUCGACUGGAGACCUCCCUCACACACUGUUCAACAGGCACAAACUCAACAGGACUGCAGACUCACGCUGUGCCCACAACAGGUUGAAUAUUACAAUGUAGGGUUCUUUUGAACAUAACCAUUACUUCAAUGAUGCACUUUACAGGUAAAAGAAUUUAAUGAGCAUGAAUGUAGGGCAGCACCUAAUGAUUAUUUUUAUUUUCUCAAAAAAGUCAGAAAAUGGCAAAAAAAAAAUGCCCAUCAAAUCUUAUAACCAAAGAUAUUGCAUUUGCAAUCAUACAAGACAAAGAAAAGCAGCACAUCAACACAAAUGAGAAGUUGGAUCCUGUGAAUGAUGAGCACUUGUGCUUGAAACUGACAAAAACAAUUAAUUGAUUAUCAAAUCGGAGUUGAUUUAUUUUCUGUCAAUUGUCUAAUCAAUUAAUCAACUGAUUGUUUCAGUUCUACAUAAGUGAACUUCCAGUGACAAGAAAAGUGUUCAAAAAAGUAUAUGAAUACGUAUUUGAAAGUUGUCAGUUUUGAUGCUAUUAUGUUUCCAAACGUAAUUGAUUUUUACUUUAGAAAAGAGUGAGGUAUACAUAAACUAAAAAUGUAUUCUUAUGACUGAACACUUUAUGUUAAAAAGGUAAUUGUAUCAUAUCAACUAUUUUGGCUAUUUUAGUUAAAAUAGAGCAAUGAGUGCACUGUGUUUGACAUCAGAUCAGACAAUUUUUAAUUAAUCACUACAUGAAGCAACAAGAAAAGAGGAUUGGAUUUUUGAAUUGCCUUAAUUUGAUGCGGCCUUUUGCACAGUUUGAUCUCAAAAACUAACUCUUAAAGUAAAUGUGGAUCAAGUACAUAAUGGGCAAGGCUGACCUUUUUAGCUUCAGCUUGAAAGAAAGGCCUCCAUCUAGUGGUCAUAUCAUUUCAUUCAACAAGGGAGAAUCAAGGGUUAAAAAAAAAAAAAAAAUCCCAUUUUUGCCACAUCCAUUGAGGCCACUGACUGCAUCAGAGCGAGUUAAUGUCCGAGCAAUGCAUGUCACUGAGUGUUAUACCACUGUUGUCAUGGUAAUUAUUCAUGAAGACAGGCUUUCAGCUUUGCUUCCAUUUUUUUUUUCUGUCUCCAGGAAACACUGCAUCCCUUUGGCCGCUUCCAUCUAGCUUGCAGAAUGGUGGGGGAAUUAAAGUGACACAGCUAUAUUAUAUGAAAGUAAAGUAGAGCAGCUCACAAGGGUCAGAGCCUUUUUAUAGACAAGACUCAUGGAGGAUGAGACUCUGCCCAGCCCUUCAUAACCUUAAAGGAGCAGAUUCCCACUGUGGAUAACCUUGUCUUAAUUGGUUUCCAAUCCACUGGACAGGGGUAUAACUGGAUGCUUUGUUUUCCUGUUUUUCCCUUUAUUGGUUUCAGAGGCACAGAUGGACAAGCAGCUGAUGCAGAAGGCAGUUCCCUGCUCAGCGCACUCUGAAAGCGAGGACCCGAAGGCAUCUUGAAAUAGAAAUUCAAAGGAGGAGGAGGAAAAGAAAAAGGAGGAGGGGUGGAGGGGUUUUGAGCCAGAGCAUUGGUAUGCCAGGUUCAAUACCUAGCAUGGCUGUGCAGAAGAAACAGAGUGUUAUCCCUCCAUCGCAGGGACCACUUUCUAAACACGCCAUCGAGAGCCAAAGGAAGGGGAAUGGAUUUGAAAGAACAGAGAAUUUGGCUAAUAGCAAACCAAAUUCACAGGCAAAGAAAACAGCCUGUUCUGUCAACAAGUCUGCCCUAAUCAGCAACACAGUGACUCCACGGGCCACUGCAGUGGUUAAUGGACAAAAUGUUGAUGAGCGACUGAAAGCUGCUCGGGAAAGAAGAGAGGAGCAAAAGAAGUUACUUGCCUCUCGGGAACUGAGCAGGUUGGAGCGGGAGCAGCGUGCCAAGCGUUACUAUGAACAACAACUGCAGGAGCGCAAGAAUAAACUCUUGGAGCAGAGGCACAAAGAGGAGAGGAGGCGUGCUGCUGUUGAGGAGAAGCGCAAGCAGAGACUGAAAGAGGAGAAAGAACGAUAUGAAUCUGCAGUGCGCAGGACCUUGGAGAAGAGCAUAAGAGCUCAGCAGAAUCUGAGUCAAAACUCAAGAGGAAGGAAGCUCAACAAGAACGUUCCACGUCGCUUACCAUUGACAACAUGGGAGAAGAACUUGGUCAGUCGCCUCCUUACCCCCACAUGCUCUUAUCUGGCCAGGAGCAAGAGUGCUGGUUGUCAGUCAGGAGAAGAAGUUUCAUUUCACUCCAUGAAUACCACAACCACCACCACCACCACCACCACCACCCCUCACAAACCCCAGCACCACUCUGGUUCAGUGCACUCCAGGCCAUCUUCCUCCCCCAGUCCCAACAAAAGCCAGCACAGAAGUAUCAAUCUGGCACAGAUCAAAUCAGCAAGACAGCAAGAUGCCAAUAAGAAGAAAUCAAACAGUAGCUCAAGUAUUCGAUCGACUACUGUCAAAAAUAGCGUUAAACCAUCUGCGGUUAAACAGAGCAGAACAGCAUCGCCCUCACCAGAUCGGACUCCCCAAAGAUCAAUCAGCAGACAUUCAACUCCACUGCAGCUCGAGCUCCCGUCAGUCCCUGAGGAAGAUGUUGCUGUUUGCAGUUCUGCCCUCUCCCCUGGUAACUCGAGGCCUGUCAGGACUUCAGCUGAAGGUCGGCAAGAGAAAAUGGAGACUGAAAAUCCGCCAGAGGCUCCACAUCCAAACCUGCCCGACAAAGGGACAGAGGCUGUAACCAGGACAGCAGGAGAUGGAAGUCCUUCCAAGAUGCCUCCUCGUCCAGCUCCACAGCCUCCUGAGGUCACGUGCAGGCCUUCAGCCGGUACCACAGACCCAGAGGCAGCCUCACGUCUCCUUGCUGAAAAGAGGAGAGAAGCCCGUCUCCAAAGGGAGAGAGAGGAGCAGGAGCGGCUGCAGAGAGAGGAGACGGAAAGGCGGAGUCGUGAAGAACUGGAGCGCAAGAGGGCAGAGGAGCGAGCGCGACAGCAGGCCGAGGCUCAACAGCUGAUAGAAGAAAAGAGGAGAAGGGAGGAAGAGGAGCAGAGAAAAGCUGAGGAAGAACGAGCUCAGGCCAUGCGGGAAGCCGCCCUUCUGCAGAAACAGCGAGAGGAGGAACAAGCCAAAGAGAGGGCAAAAGCAGAGCAGAUGAAGCAAGAGCGAGAAUUACAGGCACAGAAAGAGGAGGCAGAACGCCAAGUCAGAAAAAAGCGACUUGAGGAGAUCAUGCGGAGGACCAGAAGGACAGAUUCUCCAGAUACGAAAUCUGUACCAGCACGGAUCUUGCCAAAUGAAGCCAAACCAAAAGAAAACACAGAGCCUGUGCAGAACGGCACCAUAGGAGAUGCCAUCAAGCUACCGGUGGGGUCUAGGCCCUCACAGUUGGGGCUGAACAAUGAGGAGGACGUGGUACCUGUUGUGGCCUUCAAAGAACGCAGGUCUCUCAGGACUCUCACCGGGCUGGAAGAGAUCCAGACCCACCAACGAGCAGAGGUCAUCUGAGCACCUGCAGAGUGGGAAGACUUUCAAAGACUUUGAUGGAGAGCUGUGAUUUCUUUGAAACACAGGAAUUACUGCAGCACAGCUAUUUUGCUGCCCUUUGGCACCUUGACAGAGCAUGUAAAACUACAGCCUUGCCUCUCAGGAGGAUGUGAGCUUUUGGUCACUUUUCUGUGUGUAACCAGUGGCACAAAUAAUAAUUAAUUCAGUACAACACGUUUCUGAAUGAAUAAUGACUAUCCAAAACACAGUAGAUUUAGACAGUGGUAAUGGUAGUUCACUGGCAAAUGCAAUUUACUGGUUAUGAAGAGUGUUGCCUCUGUAAACGUUAAAAGUACUAGGAAUAGCCAUUCUAACAUUCACAACUUACUGUAUGUCAGCCAUAUGCUUAUCGCUUAUUCCUGAUAUUUCCUGCUAUUCAAGCACUUUUCCUUCCUCAGUUUUGUCACUGUGGAAUUAGAAUAGUUAAAGUGACUGUUUACGCUAAGAACACAAGAGUUUAGGUUGUAGGUGAAAGUUCACUUCCUCUCUCCAUUCCUAUCUUACCCUUUGAUUUUGUGAAGUAUAGCAAUCACAUAUUUCAAAGCUGCUAAGGAACUUGAUUUCCAAAGACUUUGCUUCAGUUUUUGUGUGUGUCAUUUUAGAAAAUAUCUUGCACAAAGCAUUUAUUGCACUGCCAGUUGCUUUGUUUAAUAUUGCGCAAACACUUUACAAAGCAAAGUUUUGAGGUGUAGGGCUUAAAUGAUUUAUUAAAAUACAAAAAUAUAAAAACAAAUGUAUCCGAUCAUCGAUAUUUGAUCUUUAAGUAUUGCUUAUUAUCACUUGUUAACAUGUUAAAGUUGAAAUAUAUGCCAUAUUUGAUUAAAGUUGAUACUAUGCCGUG